CAUUUAAUUUCCCAAAAGCCACACGUCUCAGUCUAAAAGCCCUCUAACAUAACGGGGGUAAAAUAGUAAUUUGACAAACUCAUACCCUGCAAAACCCUACCAUAAAACUAUCAUUUUCGUUCCCAUAGUUUUGCUUCUUCGAAACCCUAGCUCCCUUCCUCCAUACCAAUCUACAGAGCUUUUUCUUUCUCUUUCUCUCUCGUAAAAAAUGCCGCCCAAGUUCGAUCCUUCUCAGGUGGUUGACGUUUACGUCAGAGUCACCGGAGGAGAGGUUGGUGCGGCAAGUUCUCUCGCUCCCAAGAUCGGUCCUUUGGGUCUGUCCCCAAAGAAGAUCGGAGAAGACAUAGCCAAGGAGACAGCCAAGGACUGGAAGGGUCUAAGAGUCACAGUCAAACUGACUGUUCAGAAUCGUCAAGCUAAGGUCUCGGUUGUACCGUCGGCGGCUGCUCUGGUCAUCAAAGCCCUAAAGGAGCCUGAACGUGACAGGAAGAAGGUUAAGAACAUCAAGCAUAACGGUAACAUUUCUCUCGAUGAUGUGAUUGAGAUCGCCAAAAUCAUGAGGCCUAGGUCUAUUGCUAAGGAACUCGCUGGUACUGUCAAGGAAAUUCUCGGCACGUGUGUAUCUGUUGGUUGCUCUGUUGAUGGAAAGGACCCGAAGGAUUUACAGGAGGAGAUUUCAGAUGGAGAUGUUGAAAUUCCACAGGAUUAAGCUGAGUUUCUUUUUUUCUCUGUUUAAGCUAAAAAAAACCUUAUUUGGGUUAAUCCUUUUUUUUGAUUUAGAUACAUUGGGUUUUGUUUAAAUUAAUUAUGCUCGUUUCUCAGAACUUUUUCUCCUUAAAGAUGAUUUUUAAUCACUUUUUUGAAGGUAAAUUAGAUAAUUUCGAGUUAUUUUUAUAUCAAUUAGCUCAACGAUAAUUAAUGGGUUUAUGUUCUUAAUCAGUUAUAAUGCAUUUUGUUCUUUUUGUUUAA